UCUUGCAGCAGCAAUGGCCGGAGCCAGAGGAGACCAAGCAGCUCCUCGUCGUCCUCAAUUGGAUCUAAAUCAUCCACCGAUGGAUGAGGAUGCGCCGGCGGGGAAGCUGAGCAGGCUGGAGCACCAGCGCAGCGUCGGCGGCGAGCCGUCCUUCCGGAUGGAGAACCUUCCUGAGGAGAUUCAACCUGUUGUGAUGUCACUUCUCCCACUGAAAGAAGCGGUGAGGACAAGCAUUGUUGCAAGAAGUUGGAGAAUGCUCUGGAGAUUUCACAGUAAUCUGUGUUUUUAUGGCCCCAAUGAUCUGGAUUAUGACUCCGAUGAGUAUGAUGACACCGAUGAACAAGCCAUUGAUGAUUUUAUCAAAAUAAAAAGAGACAAUUUCAUUGAGGAUGUAAAUUGGGUUAUCCAACGACAUAGUGGAAUAGGAAUCAAUAAGUUCAGCAUCAGGUGUGGCCUGCACAAGGAGGACUUCGAUCAUCUUGACAGGUGGAUUGCCUUUGCCGCUUCAUCGAAGGCAAAUGUCAUAGAGUUUGACCUGAAGAUGAUUAAUUAUCCGUCCAAAGUAGUUCACCACUUUCCUCUUGACGCCUUAGAUGUUCAAGGCAGCUCUUUUGUGCAGUCCUUGUUUCUUGCUGAUGUUUCUAUAAAGCCACACUCGGAUGUACGUGGCUUUUCCAUACUCAGAAGGCUUGUUCUGCAAUAUGUUCAGAUAUUUGGGGAUCUACGAGGGUUGCUAGCAAAUUGUUCUGCACUUGAGGACUUAUCGAUCAUCGAGUGCUCUGGUGUGGCCAAUUUAAGCAUGCCACACAAACUUGAUAAACUUCAACAUUUGCUAAUUGACAAAACAUAUGUUAGGAUGGUUGAGUUUCAUGCUGCCGAUCUUGCUCAUUUUGAGUACAAAGGACUAGAGAUCCCUAUAGUACUUCAUGGUUGCUCCAAAUUAGAGAACGCAACAACUAUGUUUAAAGGAGGUAAAGGAUUGGGCCGCAUAUUCACUCUAGUUCCAAGCAUUUUGCCAGUAAAGAUACUACACGUGGGGGCUGAUAUACUUGGAUAUGAACAGUUGCAGAAAAUGACAACAAGAUCGCUUGGCAUGUUUACAUGUUUGAGGCAUAUAACUUGUCAAUUAUUUGUCCGCCAUAGCGAACUAAAGCCCGAUAACGGAGUUCUUCAAGUGGCCCAUUGUUUAAAUGCUGCACCUCAACUGGAGACGCUCCACCUGAACAUGAUAUAUUUGAUCAAAUAUGGUCAGAUGAGUCAUCAGGUGGCGGUGCAGGAGGAAGAUUCUCCUAUGCGUCGCCAUGAUCAUCUCAAGACUGUCUGCAUGAGCGGGUUUCGGCUCUACAAGGCUCAGAAGAAGCUGGCAUUCUCCAUCUUGGAGAAUGCCUCUGUUCUCGAGCAAAUGCAGUUAGAGCCGAGGGUGAAGGUCGUAGCCGACAAGGCCGCGAUAUGCUAUAUGUUGAAUGACCGCGUUGAAAGAAAAUUCGUACCACAGGUCUGUGAAUGGGCGCGGCUUGCCUCGCUACGCUUCGGGAAGGUGGUUACUGCCCCUUCAGAAUGAAUUCACUGCGUCAACAUCGCAUGGAAGAUGGUCAUGGCCACG